GGCGGCCUGGUGAUCGAAGCUGUCAAUUCGUUGAAAAAAAAGGACAACAAAAGUGGACGAGUGUGUGAUUUGGAGAUUUUUCUUUCUAUUCACAAGAGAGAAAAGUUUUGUGUCCCAUUUCAUCUCAACUCUCAAGUUGCGAAGAUGCUAUUUAUUCCAAAUUUUCGAAACUGACCAAACAAUCAAAAUAAUCAAUAUAAUAUAGACUCGGCUUAGACGACGGGCAUACUUGGAAAGGCAAAAUCCCCAAAUUCUAAACCCUAGAACCCUAAUCUUGAUUUUACCGCCAAAAUCGCCAAUGCUCCUGUCCCAUCAUCUGCCCCAUCUCAAGGCUCUCCCAAACCCGUACCCGACCCGCACCAUCGCCACCUUCCACUCGCCAGUACCCACCAGAGGACCAUUUCCAUGGCCGGGUCACUCGAGCGGAAACUUCAAGGCUUCUCCUCUUCUAUGCUCGCUACGGCCUCGAUUCUCCUCGUACGAAGUUGGGAGCAGUGCCGAGGAUUUCAACGUGGAGCUCGGUCGGCUGCUUGCUCUUUUGCCGGAGGACAUGCGGCGGAAGGCCAGCGAGCAUCCGGAGCUCCAAGACCUGAUUGAGGUGGUCAUGGAUUUGGGCCGGAAGCCCCUGGCCCGUUUCCCUUCCGGGGACUUUGUGCUGUCGGAUCACCCUAUUACCAUGGAGGAAAUCCAGCAUGCCACGUCACAGGUUGGGGAUUUUGCAGUUGAUAAUCGAGCUGGGAUUAGCCGAACUUUGCACCGUAUUAGUGGAAUUCGAAACAGGAAAGGCUUGAUUAUUGGAUUAACCUGCCGUGUAGGUCGUGCAGUUUCUGGUAGUGCUAAUUUGUUGCGGGAUUUAGUUAAAGAUGGGGGUUCUUUGUUGCUUAUUGGGCCUCCAGGGGUGGGAAAGACCACGAUUAUCAGGGAUAUAGCUCGUAUGCUAGCAAAUGAAUACGAGAAGCGUGUAAUGAUUGUUGACACCUCAAACGAAAUUGGUGGUGAUGGAGAUAUUCCUCAUGCUGGAAUAGGCAAUGCUCGGAGGAUGCAAGUCCCACAUACUGAUAUGCAACAUAAGGUCCUGAUAGAAGCUGUCGAAAAUCAUAUGCCACAAGUGAUUGUGAUAGAUGAAAUCGGUACUAAGCUUGAAGCUGCAGCUGCAAGUACAAUUGCACAACGUGGAAUUCAGCUAGUUGCAACUGCUCAUGGGGUAACCAUUGAGAAUUUAGUGAUGAAUCCGGCUUUGGAGAUGCUUGUUGGAGGAGUGCAGUUCUUUCUUUUUCUCUUUGAUGGAACAAAAUUUGUCAUUUGUCACAUUAUUGCUGCUGUCUUCCAGAGCGUGACGUUAGGAGAUGAAGAGGCGAGCAGAAGAGGUGUCCAGAAAAGUGUGCUGGAGAGGAAAGGACCCUCGACUUUCACUUCUGGAGUCGAGAUAAUUUCUAAGACAGAAAUACGUAUUCAUCGUAGUUUAGAAGCUACGGUGGAUGCUGUUCUUUCAGGACGUAACCCGAAUUUUGAGGUUAGGAAGCUAAAUCAGGGGUCAGCAGAUGAAUUUGAGCCACAAUUACUUGCACGUGAUGUGUCUGUGUCGAACUUUGAUAGUGAAAUUGGAGAUGACUAUGAAAUAAACAAUGGUUCCCUUUGCCAUGAGAAAGUUGUCCCAGAAGAGGGUUCUUAUAAAGAUGAGGAUACUCUCUGUAUAUUUCUAUAUGGGAUUGCAGAGGCAAGUGUGAUACAAGCGAUGAAACAAUUGAAGUUAGAUGACACAAUUGAAUUUACUGACAACAUAAGCGAAGCAGACGUGUUAUUGGCAUUGCAGUCCAAGCUCAAGAAGAAUGCUCGGCUUCAAGCUGCCGCAAAAUCUCGUGGCAUUCCAACUUAUGUCAGCAAGGCAACUUCUACUAGCUCUUCGGUUCAGAUAGCCAAGGCUAUCGAAGCUUUAAUCUCGGAUUAUGCAGAUGGUUUCGAGUCUUAUGAACCUGAAGCCAAGGCAAACGACUCGGAGAGAAUUGAUGCCUUGGAGGAGGCAAGAAUUGCAAUUGAGCAAAGGGUAAUCCCAAAUGGGGAGACUGUGGAGCUCCUUCCCCGCGCGUCGAAUAUCAUAUUGCUUCAAAAGGAUCUUAUUCGUAAAUACAAUCUCAAAUCCGAAAGGGUUUCGACUGAUCUCGGCACACGCCUCAGGAUUUUUAAUUUCCAGAGUAAUAAAGAAGACGAAAAUGCCCCUGAAGCUGAUGACGAUGAUAUUGCUAUCGAAUUUGGAAACUUUCGGGAGAUGAAUGAUGACUUGAAUGGGUCAGCCAUCACUGUUGACAGGUUACCUUUCCUCCCUGAUUAGAAAGGAACUAUAUUGUUAAGGUUUUUAACACAGGCUAAUUGUGGUGAAGUACUAUAUUCCUGUAAGUAUGCUUUCAUGCUUUCAGUUUUGGGUUUGGUAAGUAAAAGUAAGUAUUGUUUUUUUUAUUUUCUAAGUACUUCUAUGUAGAGAACUCUCUUUUUAUUUUCUUCAAUUUAGUAUUUUACGACAAUUUUUUUAUUGCUUAUAUUAACUAGACAAUCC